GGUUGUCACCCGGCGCAGGCGAGGGUUUUUCAAAACUACGUCGUAGCGUCUCCGUCGCCCAGCAGUUGAAUGUGUUGACGAAAGCCGUUUUAAUUUCGGCUUCUUUUAUUGAGGAUGAGUUCUGUUGAUGUGAAUGAUGAGAAUCGUGGGGUCUACCCUGGAGGAAAGCAGAACAGCACAAUCAAUGACAUUUUUGCCCUGGAUCAGCCGACAGGGAGGCCCUCUAUCCUGCGUCAGACAGAGAACCUACCCAGUAAGACGGUGCCAAAGGUCGCAAAGGUUUGUUUUCAGACUCCAAGAAGAGACCCAGUGAGUAGAAGAAUUCUAUCUCCCAAUUCUGUGAAGAUGACAAGCGUGGACGAGUGUGCAAAAGCAAUGGAGUCCCUACAUUUGGAUAAAACAAACACUUUGCUACCAGAUGCCACUGAGCUUAGUGAACCCAUACAAGAACUGUCAUCUUAUCCUGAUGAUGACAUGCCCAUACAAAGCAAAGGAGACUAUCAGCUGGAUUUUGACAACCUUGAUGCAGUCAAUCCAUUUCAGGGGUCUAGUAAGAUGCUCCUCUCUCCAAGGCCUGCUGUUGAAACCUCUACAGAUCAAACUGUGCCUCAACACACCAAACCAGAGAAUAUCUUGGAGGAGGCCGCCAAAAUAGAGUCUGCACUAGACGAGACACUCCCAUUCUCCCCAUCUGUGGAAAACUCGCUGGUUGACGUCUCUGCCGACAUCAGCUCCACAGAGAGCAGUGUGGUCACAGUGGUGAAGCUCCCAGCGGUCGAGGAACAUGAUUCAUACACUGCCACACCUGAUGAAAAACAACCUGCUGAAAUGUUGAUGGAUGUUGGUGAAGGCAAAGUGUCGGGCAGCUUUGUGGAAGAUGCGCCAUUGCCAACGAACGUGUCAGGCAGUUUUGUAGAAGAUGCUCCGCUGCCAACGACUUGUUUGGGCAGUUUUGUAGAAGAUAAACCGCUACCAACGAAAGGUUCUUACAGCUUGGAUUUUGACAACCUUGACGCAAUCAAUCCUUUCCAAACCGGUGGCUCUAAAAUACAGAAUUCCCCUGUCCUUGGGAGAAAGACGCCAGACAGUACCCCACCUGUCGAGGAGGCACAGAUAAAGGAAAAUAAACCCAAAGAUGUUGACAUACCUGAGUUGGCUCAAGAUGUUCCUGUUCAGCCUGAGGAGGUGAAACCCAUAGCUGCAGAGGCCCCAAUUUCAGCUAAUGUAGCGGAACCAUCAGCUGCUGAAUCCAUAUUGCAGCCAGCUGGUGCCCCAGUCAAGGAAGGACCAGUCAUGCUUGAGAUCAAUUUUGAUGAUGGCAGUGAGGUCCCACAGAAACCGCCACCAAAGAAAUUUGGCAAAAGGCCUCCUGGUCUAAAAUCUAAGGUGGGGAAGCCGGCGUGUGACAUCAGACCACCAAAAGAAACUCCAGCGAAGCCAGCCGCUACUGAUGUUGAUGAUGUUCCGGUUCCCAAAGCGUCUUACUCAUUUGACUUUGACAAAUUUGACGACCCAAACUUCAAUCCCUUCGGCACAAAAACAAUCAUGAGCAACUCUCCAAAGUGCAGCAAGAAAGCUGGCCCUGUGCUCAUGGAAACUUCCAUUCCAGAGCAAACAGACAAGCCUGCAGCAUCACCAGCAUGCACUGGAGAGACUGUCCCAGCUGUCAGUCCCAACCCUGGAGCAGUAGGAGAAACUGUUGAACUCGCAGCUGCCUCUGACCACGAGAAGCAACUUGAAGCAAAGCAACCCAAGGAGAGUCCUGAGCUUUCUGAAUUGUGUCAGCCUGAGCAGACGUCACAGACCGGCCUGUCAGAAUUCAAUGACGAGUUUGUUCCUGGAGCUAUGUUCAUGGCCAAUGACUUCGAUGGCCAAUUCGAUUACCUGGAACAGUUUGGGUCCAGCAGUUUUAAGGAAUCUGCAUUGAGGAAACAAUCAUUGUACCUUAAAUUUGACCCCCUCCUGAGAGAGAGCCCAAAGAAGUCUGCAGGUCCAGCCGCUCAGACCCACGGCCCCCGCCCUGUUGCCUUUGUUUCACAGCUUGAAACUCCACAGAUGGCGGAAGAAGAGAGAGCAAAUGGACCACUAAAAGAUUAUUUCAAACUGUUUGAUGCUACAGCACCACCUCGUCCAAUCCUUGAGAGCCUCGUCCCUCCUUUCCCCCAGCCAGCAAACGCAGAGGAUGCCAUUAUUGAAGUGCUGAAGUACAGUCAGAAAGACAUGGAUGAAGCAAUCGCCAAGGUCCAGGCAGAAGCAAAGGAAAAAGAGGAGCAGUGGAGUGCAAAGUAUAAAAAGCUACUAGACGAUGGUCAAGAAAUGAGGAAAAUAAUUGCAGAAUUUGAGCUCAUGAUUGCAAAAAUGAUGGCUGACCAAGAAAAGGAGAGGGAGGUGUCCCAAGCAAAGCUCAAUAAGGCCCUGCUGGAGAAGGAUCAAGUGUCCAGUGACCUGAACGCCAUGGAAAGAUCUUUCUCAGACCUUUUCAAGAGACUGGAGAAGUACAAGGAUGUUAUUGAGGGUUACAAAAAGAAUGAAGAGACGCUGAAAGCUUGUGCUCAGGACUAUCUGGCACGGAUCAAAAAGGAGGAGCAGCGCUACCAGACCCUUAAAGCCCACGCUGAGGAGAAAAUUGGCCAUGCAAAUGGAGAAAUUGCCGAGGUGCGGUCCAAGUUCAAGGCUGAGGUAUCUGCACUUCAAGCGCAGCUGCGUCGUGAGCAGCUGAAGACACAGUCAUUGGAGAAGAGCCUGGACCAGAAGGAGAAGGAGGUUGAAGAGCUAACCAAACUUUGUGAUGACCUUAUCAACAAAGUUCAGAAGGGUUGAGCUAAUUUGUAAAUUCUGUACUUUUUCUUUAUUUGUUGUGUAGUAGGUUCGUCUUUAUACAUGUUCUUAUAAUACUGUAAAAAGUUAAUAAAGAAGUUUAAGUGACUUGUGGUAA